ACCGAUUCAAUCCUUCAACGAUUUUAACACACCGGGAAGGAGGGCCCCAGCCACCGCCCUGAUACUCGGCGCCAUGCGCAGGGACUCCUUCGCCGCUGUUUCUGCCACCGCCCGCAUGUGGCCGCCGCCGUCUCCAGGCUCAAGCGUGCACCAACGACCUAAUCCUUUUCUGUGCGCGACCCCUUAGAUUCUCAACAAAGAAACCCGACAAUGGCGCAGUGUGGCGCUGUCAUGCUCACUUUCAUCUGUGGAGCCCAGCUCUGCCACGGCUCUCCGGGCAGCUUCCGCGGCUCCAGCGGCGGCCCCGCCUCGGGCCGCACGGUCUCGGCGAAGGACGUGGAGUCGAGCUUGGGGGCCUCCUUGGAGGCAGUCCUGCAGGGCAGCAGCGGCGACGCGGCACGUCGGCUGUCUCGGAUCGAGUCCGCCAUGUGGCAAACGUUCCAGGCGCUGCCCAAGAACGAGAUGGGGCGCCUGGCGCCGCGAGCGGUGCGCCACAUCGUGCACAGCUACUUCGCGAAGGAGCACGGCUGGAUCAUCAACGGGCUGGAGCCCCACGGCAUGAGCGCGAACGUCUCCGAGGUGCACGAGGUGGACAUCCUGCAGGACAAGGCCCCGGCGUUCGUGGAGGCCCUGCUCGAGUCCCGCCGCGCUGGCCGGGGGCUGUCCCUCGGCGACGUGGUGGCCAUGGCGGCGGCCCUGGAGCGCCUCAUCUUCGACGAGUCCCUCUCCCUGCUGCAGGUGGCCUACGCGCUCAACGGGCAGUCCGCCGCGGAGCGGCUGGGGGCCAGGGAGCUGCACGAGGUGCUGUCGUCCUACCUGAUGAUCUUCGAGAUCGGCGUCCGGGUGAACGUCACAGACGUCCCGAGGCACCGCGCCAUGAAGGACGCCGUGGCCAGCGCCGGAGGCAGCUGGCCGCUUCUCGUCGAGUUCGAGCAGGCGGCGGUACACAACUACGACUUCGAGAGCUACCACCGGACCAACCCAUUCGUGGCGCGCCGGUACUCGUUCGGCGAGGCCUCUCGGGUGGUGGAGAGCCUGGCGCAGGACUAUGGCAAGUGGCAGAACACCGAGUGCCGCCAGAUGCGGCAGGAACUGGAGGAGCUGGACCCGGACGGCUCGGGGCGCGUGCCACUCCGGGCCUUCUACUCGCAGCCAGAGACGGCGGACUACCAGUUCCACGAGUCCGUCGACUACCUCCGGCAGAUCGGCGCGCUGGAUGAGGCCACGAGCAGCGUGCGCAUCGCCAACUACAUGGUGGGGCCCUCCAACUGCAUCGCCAAGUCGACGUACUACUCGGUGUGCUGCCUGAGCGACUGCGAGGGCCUGCUGAACGAGCUGGAGGGCAAGAUCCAGGCCCCCGCGGCCACCCCGGGCCGCAUCAUGUCGGAGGUCCGCAACCUCACCGCGUCCCCAGACAUGCGCCUGCCCCCCGACGCCGCCGAGGCGAGGCUGCGCGACAUCGCGGGCCGCAACGGCGGGGAGGUGCCCCUGCACGGCCGGCUCUUCGCCGAGUUCCUCCACAACGCCUUCCCCGCCGAUUGCCCGUACCCGCACGUGGCCGAGGAUGCGUCGGCCUUCGCUCCGGGUCGCUGGUCCUCUGGGAGGGCCACGGCGUCCGAGGAGGAGCGCAGGCAGCACGUCGAUGCCGCGCCGGGCGACUGGGAGCGGGGGGAGCUGGGGGCGGCCACCACUACCUGGAGCGAGGAGGAGGUGCUGCCGGUGCUGGAGGCCCCGAGGCGCGCCCGCGGCGCCUGGAGCGGCGCCGCGCGCUCCGUGGCGCAGGCGGCGGCGGCCCUGGCGGUGCUGCGCAUCGCCCUGUCCGGGUGGCGCGCCGCGCGGGGGGCGGCGAGCGGCGCGGGGAAGGACAAGGGCCUCGUCCUGCCUCUGCGCGUCUGAGCUCCGUGGAGCCCCUGGGCGCGGGGGGCCCCCCGGGACCUGGCGCUUUCGGGCGCCGCCGUCGUCAUCGCUCGCAGCCCAGCUCAGCCUCGGCGUUCUCCGAGCUCGUCGUCGAGGGCGCGAGCAAUGUCGCGAAGUAAAGGUCCUCGUCAUGUCUUCCACUACAUACCUUCGUUCCCCCUUCGUCUGGAGAUUGUUCCCC